UGGCUGCGUAAUGAAUGCUACGCAACUCUGGACCGGGGUCCCAUUGUAACCAUGGUAUUGCUCGAGUCGCGCGCAGAUGUUGGUAGGGAAGACCUCGACUCCCGUGCCUACUCGGAGCAUGGUACAUGUAUGCAAGUCAGUCCCUUCUUCUCUUUUAUCUCGACGACGGGUGGCUGGGUGCACAGAAUCACGCGGUUUUGGGAAGACCCUGGUUCGGACGUGGUGCUGCUCAUUAUGCUGAGAAGACUUUGCUCAGUUAUGCCGGAGCUCUCCGGCUGAGGCCAGGUUCGAAGAUUGUCAGAGCUGUUGGCCCGGGCGAUUCAUAUCGUAUCCAUGGCGAGCCAAAGGCGCAAGCAUAUCCAGGAACGAUAUCUUCGAAUUUGAUCGCCACCCUGCCUUAUUUUCAUCUCGGCGUCAUUUCUAGCCAAAGCUGA